CCCGGAAGCAGAGCGAGGGGCACAGUCCUUGGUUUUUCUGGUUCAACCCGGGUCUUUGGGACGCCCCCAGGCCCUUGAUCCGCCACACCUGAGGUUCAGGGGUUGUUACGUACGUUAAAACCCCUUCAUCCGCUUGUUCCGCGCCUGGAUUGACUUCUCAAGACUGAUCUUUGCCUGAGGAAGAAAUCUGGAAGAGGAGGGAGAGGAAAGAACAGGAGUCAGGAAUGGCUCUUUCUCAGGGACUAUUGACAUUCAGGGAUGUGGCCAUAGAAUUCUCUCAGGAGGAGUGGGAAUGCCUGGACCCUGCUCAGAGGGCCUUGUACAGGGACGUGAUGCUGGAGACCUACAGGAACCUGCUCUCCCUGGGUGAGGAUAACACCCCUCCAGAAGUUGGGAUCUGCCCUAAUACCUCCAUUAGUUUUCUGACCAAGGAAUUAUUAAAGAAGAAAAACAUUAAUAACAGAGAAUUAUACCAACCAGUGGUCUUGGGAAGACAUGGAAGCCAUGGUAUUGAGGAUUUUGACUUCAGCAAAGUCAGGGGAACUGUGUAUGAAUUUGAGAAUAAGUGUGGAUGUGAAGAAAGAAAUUCCAAAGGAGAGCUUAUGACAGAUAACAUAAAUCACACUGGUAGAAAAGAGAAACAAUACAGCAAAUCCUGGAUUAACUUACCUUUAAAACAAAGUGUUUCUUUAAGAAAAAGUGCAUGUCAAUAUUUAAAAAAUAGGAAGUCAUUUAUAAAGAAUUUGUUAAAAAUAAAAAAUAACAUAGUUUAUGCAGGAAACAAGUAUCCAGAACAUUUUGACAAUAGAACUGGAUUAAGCUUUCAAUCACAUCUGGCUGAAUUGCAGAGAUUUCAAACUGAAGAGAAAAUUUAUGAAUGUAAUCAAGUUGAGAAGUCUGUCAAAACUUGUUCCUCAAUUUCAUCACUUCAAAGAUUUCCUCCUAGUGUCAAAACCAACAUUUGUAACACAUAUGGAAAGGUUUCUUCCUUCAUUCCUAUGUAUCCUUCAUUGCUUACACAGCAACAGAAAACAAAUAUUAGAGAAAAAUUAUACGAAUGUAGUGAAUGUGGAAAGACUUUUAUCCAUCAUUCAGUCCUUACUAGUCAUCAGAGAAUUCAUUCUGAGCAGAGACCUUACAAAUGUAAUGAGUGUAGUAAAGCCUUUAAACAGUUCUCAAACCUCACAAGACAUCAGAGAAUCCACACUGGAGAGAAACCAUAUAAAUGUAAUGUAUGUGACAAGGUCUUUAAUCAGAAUUCCCACCUUACAAAUCAUUGGAGAAUUCAUACUGGAGAGAAACCACACAAGUGUAACGAAUGUGGUAAGGCUUUUAUCAAAUGUUCAGACCUUUGGCGUCACGAGAGAAUUCAUACUGGAGAGAAACCUUACAGAUGUAACGAGUGUGGCAAGGGUUUUACCAAACGUUCAUAUCUUUGGGAUCAUCAGAGGAUUCAUACUGGAGAGAAACCAUACAAAUGUAUUGAAUGUGGCAAGGUUUUUAGGCAGUGGUCUACCCUCAGGAUUCACCGAAGAAUUCAUACGGGUGAGAAGCCUUAUAAAUGUAAUGAAUGUGGCAAAGCUUUUAAGCAGUGCUCACACCUGACUAAACAUCAGAAUGUACAUCCUGGAGAAAAGCCACACAAAUGUACUGUGUGUGGCAAGGCUUUUAUCCACAUUUCAAGUCUGGUAAAACAUCAGAAAAUUCAUACUGGAGAAAAACCAUACAAAUGUAAUGAGUGUGGUAAGGCUUUCAUCCAAAGUUCAAGUCUUAUAGAACAUCAGAGAAUCCAUACCGGUGAGAAACCUUAUAAAUGUAGUGAAUGUGGCAAGGCCUUCACUGUGUGUUCAAGCCUAACUAAACAUAAAAGAAACCACACUGGAGAGAAACCUUACAAAUGUAAUGAGUGUGAUAAAGCCUAUACACAAUUCGUACACCUUACUAGACAUCAGAAAAUACAUACCAAAAAGAAAAAUCAUGAACCUAAUGUACCUGAUAAUGCUUUUAUUCAGAGCUCAAGCUUGGAGGAUUAUCAGAGAAUUCAUGGUAGAGAGAAACCGUACAAAUGUAAUGAAUGUGGCAAAGCCUUUAACUGGUGUUCACGCCUCACCCGACAUCAGAGGAUCCAUACUGGAGAGAAACCAUAUAAAUGUAAUGUGUGUAGCAAGGCCUUCAGUCAAAACUCAAACCUAACGAUUCAUCAGAGAAUUCAUACUGGAGAGAAACCUUACAAAUGUGAUGAAUGUGGCAAAGCCUUUAAGCAGUACUCAAGCCUCACCAGACAUCAGAAUACACACCCUGGAGAGAAGCCACACAAAUGUAAUAUGUGUGGUAAGGCUUUUAUCAAACGUUCACACCUUUGGGGUCAUGAGAAAAUGCAUACUGGAGAGAAGUCAUACAAAUGUACUGAGUGUGGCAAGGCCUUUAGACAAUGGUCUGACCUUAGGAUUCACCAAAGAAUUCAUACUGGAGAGAAACCCUUAGAAACGUAAUGAAUGGUGUAAAUCAUUUAACCAUUUUAAACAAUGGACUAUAAUCAGAUAACUUAUACUAGGGAGACUAAGUCUCUAGUCCUAGAUUAAUCAAUUUCAGAUGUUAAGUUCUUCACAGUUAUUAAAAGUCAAAAUCAUUUCAAAUUUAUGAAAUGAUGGGUAUUGGUAAAGCAAGGAGAUCUUUGGAAAUGUACCACUUCCCUCUUUUUAAAAAUACUUUUAUUAUAUGAAGUUUCUUGAAAAGGCUGUAUUACUAUUGAUGUUUUUCAACCUGAAGUUGAAAAUUUAUUGAUGUUAUGCCUUCAUCACAUGCUUUUAUGUGUUACCAUGAUGGGCUCUGCUAAGGGAUCAUUAAGAUAAAAGGGCCUACUUGUAUUAGGUGGGGAUCAUUCAUAUUCAUGUUUUCUGAAGGAACAGGACACUGAAUUUUAACGAACAGCACUGUGUUUUUGAAUGAGUAAAACAAUGAUGUAAAUCAUAAUAAUUUCAGAUCCUCUUCUACAGAUUUGUUGGUACAACAGAGGACCCACUGGAUUAUCAGAAACCAACGCUCUGCCAGUUGAGGCUGAAACAGAGCAGUCCUUAAGAUUAAGAGACUGAAAUUUUGGGCUUCCCUGGUGGCGCAGUGGUUGAGAGUCCGCCUGCCGAUGCAGGGGACGUGGGUUCGUGCGCCGGUCCGGGAAGAUCCCACAUGCCACGGAGCGGCUGGGCCCGUGAGCCAUGGCCGCUGAGCCUGUGCGUCUGGAGCCUGUGCUCCGCAACGGGAGAGGCCACAACAGUGAGAGGCCCGCGUAACGCAAAAAAAAAAAAAAAAAAAAAAUGAGACUGAGAUUUUCAUGAGAAUAGGAUGAUAGGUUAGUAGGGACUGCUUAUGUGGUAGAAAUAAUGGAGAAGAAAUGAUGGUCCUCCUCUCUUUUCAAAGAAAAUAGCUGAUGUCAAAGAUGAGAGAAAAUAUAGUCUUAUUCUUAGUAACUAAAGAGAACAAUUAUCAGAAAGGAGAACUUAAUCAAAACACCCAGAAUGCAGUGUACAUGUGUAGGAUCCACAUUUAACCACUGUAUCACUUUGAUACCAUUUUACUCAAAAUGUGUCAGAGUUGUCAUGUUUUAUUAACAUAAUUUAAUCAUUUUAAAACUCUAAAUGAAUUUUUUUCUAUCUUAUCAAGCCUAUGCCACCUCACUGUGGUACUUCGUAACAAAUACUAACAAUACAUCUUUAGGACGUUAAGGUUGAAAGGCACCUGCAACAAUUUCUUUGCAUGAUGGAAUCAAACAACGUACAAUUUUAUGAAUAUAUAUUCACAACAUCCUUGAGUUAUUCUUUCUACACUCUGCCCCUUGGGUAUUCAUGUGGAUAUGAUUAAAAUACCAUAGCAGUACAACUUUAGACUCUGCCCUCUUUAACAUUUGAAGUACUAUUUGUAAAUGUGAUAUGAUUAUAUUUCAGCGUGCCCCGUUUUUUGCCUGCAUAAGACCCAUGGCUUGCAAUGCCUUGAUUUAUCAGUAUACGAGGUAAAAAAUAACAUGUUAAGCAUAUGAAGUGUUAGGAAGUAGAAAAUUUAAGGAAUAAAGAUAGGAAUAGUAUUUUAUUCUUGGAGCUCUUACUGGAGUAAUUUGAAAAGAUCACUGAUCAUAAGUUUCCCCUUAAGAAUGAACAGACUCGGGACUUCCCUGGUGGUGCAGUGGUUAAGAAUCCACCUGCCAAUGCAGGGGACGAGGGUUUGAGCCCUGAUCCGGGAAGAUUCCACAUGCCGUGAAGCAACUGAGCCCAUGUGCCACAACUACUGAGCCUGCACUCUAGAGCCCGCGGGCCACAGCUACUAAAGCCCGCACGCCUAGAGCCUGUGCUCUGCAACAAAGAGAAGCCACCACAAUGAGAAGCCAGCACGCUGCAACGAAGAGUAGCCCCCCACUCGUCGCAACUAGAGAAAGCCCCCAUGAAGCAACAAAGACCCAACGCAGCCAAAAAUAAAUAAAUAAGAUAAAUAAAUUUUUAAAAAAAGAACAAACAGACUAACUUAAGGAGGAAAGGAUGGUUUAUUUUGUUUUAUUUAUAGGCCAACUAGGAACUGAACAUAUGGACCCCCCUCAAAAAUAGUUAAUUGCACUUUUGGAUAUCCCACAGAUAUAAGAUAGACCCUCCAAAAGUUAAUACAGAAAUCUCUUGUAAAAUGGAGUCGGGAGGCCGGAAGGGGGAACUCUCAUGUCCUCCCACUUGACAUCAACUGCAAAGCCAAUAGGAAGAGAAGUUUCUUCCAUCUACCUGGAGAAACAUUACUACUUUACUACCCAGCAGGAGGAAGAAAUCAUUUAUCCUUGCCCAGCAACAGCCCAGCCAAUGAGAGACUCACAACUCAGCCAAUGGGAAGCGUUUAUACUUUGAACUCCCAGUUUCC